AUGGCGAAGAAGAAGUUGAACCCCGCCGCGCUGCUGCCGGCGCUGACGGCCAACACGCGGUACAUGAAAAAAAUGAAGUUCAUCACGAAGCGGAAGGAGGCGGCGGCAGCGGCGGGGCGGCGGGGCGGCGCCGGCGCGAAGAAGAAGAGGCGGGCAACGGAGAAGAGUGGUGGCCGUGGCGCGGCAAGGGGAGGCGGGACGAAGACGGCAAAGACAACACAGGCGAAGAAGUCUUCCACCGUCUCGGCGAAGAAGAAAAAAGCGGCCGUCUGCGGCGGGGCGGCCAAAGCGGGGCGGCGGAAGCCUCUUGAUAGUGGGAGCGGCCGGGACGGGGAGGUGCCUGGUGCGGCGUUGCAGCAGCAGCAGCAGCAGCCGCAGCCGCAGCCGCAGCCGCCGCGGGAGGAAGUAGACCGGCUGCUGAUCGCGCGCGCGAUUCGCGGCGAAGAGGGCGCGCACGACGCCGCGUUGUCCGCCGGUGGGGCGUGCGGGGCGGGGGUGGACGACCUCGUGCAGCACCCUUGCCUCCCCUUCCUCGAGGACUACGCGGAGCAGAAGCGCAGUGAGGUUGUCUCCGCCGACACCCUCCUGCGCAACGCCCACGCGUACUUUAAGGACCUUGGAAAGAGGGAGUCCGCGAUGCGGCGCGCCGCGGCGAAACGUCUAAAGGAGUUGAAGAACAUCAACCGCCGCGGUGGCGACAAGGACGGCUUCCGCUACGUUGUCCCGCGAAACGUGAAGGAGGUGGUGCGGCAGAUGACGCAGAACGCCGAGGGGGCAGGUGAGUCUGCCGCGGUGGACACAGCGCAGUUGACGUCCACCUUUGGGGGGGACGAGGCGCAGGACACAUUGGAGCCGCCCAUGCACCGCAAGCGGCGCAAGAAGAGCUGCUACUCGGACUUUUACCAAUUCCAGGUGAGCAAGCGCUGGACGCGCAAUGCUGAGAGUUUCCUGAACAGGGGCCGCGCGCACAAGUCGAUGUUUGAAGCCUCGCGGCCGCAGCGCUCCAUCAAGAAGUUCUAA